AUGGACAAAAGCUGGAUGACUGAGCCCAAUAGACUUCGAUCACCUGCUUAUGCUGCAGGCGUUAACAAUUUUCUUGAGAUGGCGCAAAACCAUGCUAGGGGAAGUGAUCGCAUUCGGUGUCCAUGUCGAAUAUGUUCUAAUAAUCUCUUCCUGCCUUUAUUUAUCGUAGAGAGUCACUUGUUCAUAAAUGGGAUCGAUCUGAACUACACUGAAUGGAUUUUCCAUGGUGAGGAGGAAACCCGAAAUUUCGAUGUGGACGAUGAAGAAGUUGCUGUUAGUGAUGAAGAUGAAUUCAUCGAUGAUAUGGACAAUAUGUUAGACGACAUAUUGGCUGGGACAAACAUCGAUGUUCCCCAAAGUAGCACUCCAUUGCUGAGCUGGGAUUCAUUUCCUAAAUCAUUACCAGUGUCAUCGUUUGAUGAGCUAUUAGAGGAUGCUCGACGUCCACUUUUCGGCGGUUGUACAAAAUUCUCUAAACUUUCGUUCAUUGUGAAAUUGUUACACAUAAAAACCCUUGGUGGCUGGUCAAUCAAGUCAUUUGAUAUGCUCCUUAACUUGUUGAAGUCUGCUUUUCCGGAUGCUGAAUUGCCACUCUCAUAUGAAGAUGCUUGUUCAUUGGAGCGAGGUUUGGGCUUCAAGUACAACAAAAUUCAUGCCUGCCCCAAUGACUGCAUCUUAUAUUGGAAGGAAUAUUCAAAACUAAAUUCAUGCCCUAUAUGUAAGGCCUCAAGGUGGAUGUCAACAACAAAUGGGACCCGGGUGAUCCCUCAUAAGGUGUUGCGGCAUUUUCCUUUAAAGCCAAGAUUACAGCGGCUUUUCCUGUCUACAAAGAUAGCAGCUGAAAUGAGAUGGCAUAAAGAGAAGCGAGUGACAGAUGAGAAUUUUCUGCGUCAUCCCGCUGACUCUAAGUCUUGGAAGGCUUUUGACGAGGCACAUAGUUGGUUCGCUAAUGAUCCUCGCAAUGUUAGGCUUGGUUUGGCAAGUGAUGGUUUCAAUCCAUUCAACAAUAUGGCUAAGCCUUACAGCAUAUGGCCAGUGAUCCUUGUACCAUAUAACUUGCCACCGUGGUUAUGCAUGAAAGACCAAUUCUUUAUGACAUCCCUCAUUAUUCCUGGCCCAAAAUCACCGGGGAAUGACAUCGAUGUUUAUUUGUAA